AUGGGUGCCGUCGUUUCUUGCAUCCAAUCCGUCUUCCGCACCAUCGGAAACUGCCUCACGGCCAUCGUCACCGGCAUCGGCAACAUCCUCCACGCCAUCAUCGGCGGCAUCGUCUCCUUCUUCAACAUCAUCAUCUCGUGCCUCACCUGCGGCCGUGGCGGUCGCAGGCGCGGCGGCGGCACGAGGAGCAGAGUCUAG